GGGCGUAUAAAAGGCCGCGCUGUGUCGGAGCUUGCGGCCACUGCCCCUCGUUUCGUUCGGUGGGGAGGGAGGCGCGCGUCGUCGUCGUCGGCGGCCUUUCUACUCAUGGAAAUCUUUGAGAAGAAGAAGACGGUGGACCUGAGGAAGAAGCACAUAGGGCCGUCCUGUAAGAUUUUCUUCAGCCACGACCCCAUCAAAAUUGUGCAAGCCAAAGGCCAGUACAUGUACGACGAAAAGGGCCGGCGCUACUUGGACUGCAUAAACAACGUGGCUCAUGUGGGCCACUGUCACCCGGACGUGGUGAAGGCGGGAGCGCAGCAGAUGGAACUGCUCAACACCAACUCGCGCUUCUUGCACGACAAACUCGUGCUGUACGCGCAGAGGCUACAGGCCACGCUGCCUGACAAGCUGUCAGUGUGCUAUUUUGUCAAUUCUGGCUCUGAAGCCAAUGACCUGGCCCUUCGACUAGCCAGGGAGUACAGCGGCCACAAAGACGUCAUUACAUUGGAAAAUGCGUACCACGGCCACGUCUCAUCGCUCAUUGACAUCAGUCCGUAUAAGUUCCACCAGCUGUCAGAUUUUGAACAGAAUCAAUUUGUGCAUGUGGCUCCGAGCCCAGAUGUGUACAGAGGCAAAUACAGAGCAGGCGGCGCUGAUCCUGCAACGGCAUAUGCAGAUGAAGUUAAAGAUAUCAUUGAGGGAGUCCACGCAAAAGGAAGAAAGAUUGCUGCUUUUAUUGCUGAGUCUUUGCAGAGUUGUGGCGGGCAGGUUGUUCCCCCCAUGGGCUAUUUCCAGCAAGUGGCAGAGCACGUCCGUAAGGCAGGGGGCCUGUUCAUCGCUGACGAGGUCCAGGUGGGCUUCGGGCGCGUUGGCGCCCACUUCUGGGCCUUCCAGCUUCAGGGAGAGGACUUUGUGCCUGACAUUGUCACCAUGGGGAAGCCCAUUGGCAACGGCCACCCCAUGUCGUGUGUGGUGACGACCAAAGAGGUGGCGGAGGCCUUCAUGUCGUCUGGAAUGGAGUAUUUCAACACUUUUGGCGGUAACCCGGUGUCGUGUGCCGUCGGUCUGGCCGUCCUGGACGUGAUCGAGAAGGAGGAUCUCCGGGGGAAUGCACUGCGUGUGGGGCGACACCUGACCAGUCUGCUGGAGAAGCAGAAAGAGAAGCAUCCACUGAUAGGAGAUAUCAGGGGCUGUGGACUCUUUGUCGGGGUUGAGCUGGUGAGGGACAGGUUGAAGCUCACCCCCGCUACAGCAGAGGCUCAAGAAGUCAUAUAUAAGCUAAAGGAAGAUUACAUCCUCCUCAGUGCAGACGGACCUCAUCGCAAUGUGCUGAAAUUCAAACCGCCCAUGUGCUUCACUACGGCCGAUGCUGACCUGGCGGUGGAGAAAAUCGACCACAUUCUCACGGAACUUGAGGAGGCGUUAGGCUUGAAGCUGUCCAACAUAGUGAAUACAGAGAACGAAAGAAAAGAAAGGAAUUAACUACGACACAGCUCUGUGUCCCUUUUCUUCAAAAAGUACAAAGAAUGUCAUGUAAAUUUCCGCUUGGUUGAUUUUCAUUACAAUUUUAUCUGUUCAGGAUUUCAUCUCAAGCUGCCGACGGAUGAAAACGGACACCACUGCCACAGUGGUUUAGCGCAGCAGAGGAAGUAAUCAAGGAGUUCUUCAACACACCAACGGCCUCAUGACACGAAGUGUUUAGUUCACGAGAAAGCUUUAUCGUUCGCACAGUUAAAUAACUGAUAACAGACGUAAUCAAUUUUGGAGGUGAUUGUUGGGAAAAUGUGCCUUAGCGUUUAAUCUAAUGAGGAAUGUUUUUACAGUGAUAAUAAUGUAAUGAAUGACUUGAGAUUGCAGCGUCUUCUCAGGUAUUGUUAAUUGCACUAGGAAUCAAGCCACUUGUUCGGCACAGCGUGUUGAAUAUAGUUGUACUUUGCGACAAAAACUUGAUUGAGGAAGUUAACCAUGCAAACUGAACUGUAUAUUUUUAUUCUUGCCCAGGUUUCAUGACCAUGAAUAGCAGAGAAUCAUGAUUUUUUUAAAAUAAAUUUGUAUGUAAAAACAUGCAAAUGGUGUCUUAAUUGCUGUUGCAUUAAAAUACAGCUUCACUCAUUGCG